AGUCGCGCUCACACGGACCGGGCACCCAGCAAAUCACCUUCCCCUCGCCACAAGCCAAACGCGAGUUCCUCGCCCGUGACCUCCCCGAUCUCCGGCGAUGGCCCCGCGGCGCUCCGGAUCCCCCGCCUCCAGGUGGCUGCGCCCGUCCGCGCUGCUUCUCCUGGUCGCCUUCGCGCUCCUCUCGGCCGCACGGCCGGCGCGUGCCCUCCGGUUCGACCUCGAGUCCGGCCACACCAAGUGCAUCUCCGAUGAGAUCAAGGUCAACUCCAUGGCCGUCGGCAAGUACCACGUCGUCGGGCCCGACCCCAACUUCCCCGACGCCCAGCUCCCCGAAUCGCACCGCAUCUCCCUCAGGGUGACGUCGCCGUACGGGAACAGCAUGCACUACGCGGAGAACGUGCAGUCCGGGCACUUCGCCUUCACGGCGACGGAGGCCGGCGACUACCUAGCCUGCUUCUGGGCUCCCGACCACAAGCCGCCGGUCACCAUCGGCUUCGAGUUUGACUGGAGGAGCGGCGUCUCUGCUAAGGACUGGCCCAGCGUCGCCAAGAAGGGCAAGGUCGAUAUGAUGGAAUUAGAGCUGAAGAAGCUGGAGGAAACCAUCAAAAAUAUACAUGAAGAAAUGUUUUAUCUCCGUGAAAGGGAGGAGGAAAUGCAGGACCUGAACAGGCGAACAAACUCAAGGAUGGCUUGGCUCGGGUUCCUCUCGCUUGGCAUCUGCUUAUCAGUGGCGGGCUUGCAGCUGUGGCAUCUGAAGACUUUCUUCGAGAGAAAGAAGCUGCUGUAGUUCCCCCAAUUAUUCACGAUAGCACACAGCACUAGAGCGGACAGGUGUAGCUUUUUGUGUGUGAACGGUUAAUCCAUGUUACAGAGCGUGAACCCCAUGUAAGAAACAGUGUUUGUCAUACUUGAGAAUUGUGCUUCACUGUGAUUUAAUCUGUCCAGUUGAAAUUGAAAAGGAGGUUGUAAGAGAAAAAAACUCAAAUGCGUUCGGUUCUAUAAUCCAUGCUGUAAUUUGGGGCCACCA